GGAGUUAAGAGAAGAAAUCCUUUGAUUUUGAAAGGAGAGAGAGAGAGGGAAAGAUGAUGAGAGAGAGAAGAACAAGGUGGCUUGUUCUCUCCCUUGUGGGGCUAGCCUUGAUGAGCUGCCUGUGCAGCGUGAAGGCUGAGAACACAUUGCAGCCGCCGGUGAAGCUCAUAUGGCAUUACUACAAGCUCAACACAACAUGCCCUGAUGCUGAGACAUACAUAAAGCAUCAAGUCAAGUUGUUUUGGCAAAAGGAUAAGAGAAUCACUGCCAAGUUCCUCCGCUUGCUCUCCGCCGAUUGCCUCUCGAAAAACGGUUGUGAUGGUUCGAUACUUCUCGAUGGACGAAACUCAGAGAAAAACGCACCACAAAACCAAGGCCUAGAAGGGUUCGAAGAAAUCGACAAGAUCAAAACCGUACUCGAAGACCGUUGUCCCGGUGUUGUUUCUUGUACAGAUAUUCUUAACCUAGCCACUCGGGAUGCUGCCCAUUUGGCCGGUGCACCGUCGUAUCCGGUUUAUACGGGAAGGAGGGAUUGUUUAAGAACGAGUAUCGAUGCGGUAGAUUUCCCGUCCCCUUCUAUAUCAUGGCAAGAAGGGCUAGCAUAUUUCGAGUCCAAGAGUCUCGACGUCUUAGACAUGGCAACACUUUUAGGAGCACAUUCAAUGGGGCAAACACAUUGCAGCUACAUCAAGGACAGGCUAUACAAUUUCAAUGGCACAAAAAAAGCAGACCCAACAAUGAACAAAUCAUUGUUAAAAGAGCUUCAAAAGAAAUGCCCAAAGAAAUCAAAAACAGACCCAACAGUGAAUCUAACACCAAAAUCUGGAAAUGACUAUCAAUUCACAGGGCUGUACUACUCGAGGAUCCUUUCGAAGAAGGCGGUACUCGGGAUCGACCAACAGCUUCGGUUCGGGGACGACACGAUGCAAAUUGCCCAAGAGUUUGCUCCAAAAUCUGGAUUUGAAGACUUCCGGAGAUCCUUUGCUUUGUCCAUGAGUAGGAUGGGGAAUAUCAAGGUUUUGACCGGAAAAGAUGGCGAGAUCCGGCGGAAUUGUCGACGGAGAAACUAGCUCGGUGGC